AUGUCGAUCAGGCCCGGUCCUCUGGCGCAAUCAUCAAAACGUCACUUGCUACAGGACCAGGACCCUUGCGUGGAUGACUUCAAACGUCAACGGCCCAAUAUCGACAAAUCAAUCCAAGAACUUACCUACAGUGGCGUUACUGAAUCUCCAGGGUCCAAUUUCACAUUGGAUGAGAUCCUUCGUUCGACAAACACAGACAACGUGGAAUUCUCUCAGAGUUCGCUCGACCCCUCUCCACGAGAGCCCCAAGACCCUUAUGACGACGACCUUUUCGAUGAUCUGGAGUUAAAUCAAUGUCUCGAGGGUCUCAUUGGAUUUAUUCCCACAGGAGGCUCUGGGCCUUCACCGCAUUUGGAUGACAUAGAUGAAUUCGAUCUGAAACAAUCCGACGAAGAUGCUCUGGAGGAGCUUUUGAAACAGGAUACUUGGCAAGAGCCCCAACAGCCACCAUCAAGUGUUCUUCGUACAUUGAGUCGAAACUCACAGUCGGUGGACGAGUAUGACCCGCAACUACAGCGUUCCUCACCGCACUCUUCUUCACACAUACCAGGAUCCAGUAUCAGAUAUGCCCUGUUGCCAGAAGAAAUAGACUGGAGGGCGGUUCGAGAGCACACACGCCGGGAACCAAAGCCUGUGUCAACAAUUGGAGCCUCCACUGCAAACAGGAGCAAAAUCCCCGAGCAUGAAUCACGGACUGUUGAGCAAAAAACUUGGAUCGUUUCCCAAUCUCGAUCGUCACCGCCCACAAAAACUCAUACUUCCUCAGUAUUUACUGGCCAAUUAUUGUUAAGGCCUUUCAAAACGUUUUUCGAUCUACAGGAACUCUUAGAUGCUAAAGCACAAAUGUUCCGAAAUCAGCCCGACGUCAUUUUCGAACUGUUUGCUCGAGUGGUAUACUCGAGUCGCGAGAACUUUCACAAGAAGCAGUACUUUCGCUUUCGAAGCCUGCUCAAGGAGUGCCCGCCUUAUUUCAAUGGUUCUCUCCUAGGCUAG